AUGACCCACCUCGUUGCCGUGGCGCUCUCGCCCAGUCGCCCUCCCGUCGCUCUUCCUCUCGCCCCUGCCAUCACCCACCUCUGCGCCGUCACGCUCGUUUCGAAUAGCCCUCCCAUCCCUUCCCGCUGCUCUCGCUCUCUCCCAUCCCUUCCCGUCGCUCUCGCCCUCUCCCAUUCCUACCCGUCGAUCUCGCUCUCUCCCAUCCCUUCCCGUCGCUCUCACCUUCUCCCAUCCCCUCGCCAUCGCGCUCACGUUCCUCGUCUCCCGUACCAUUCGCGCUCGCACAUUCUCAUCCCGUCCCGUACCGUUCCUCCUCUCUCCCCGUCCAUCCCGUCAUUCCUCCUCACUGUCCUCCCAUCCCGUCGUUCUAUCUCUCUCCUCGCCCGUCCCGUCGUUCCUCCUCUCUCCCCUUCCCAUCCCGUCGUUCCCGCUCUCUCCCCUUCCCAUCCCGUCGUUCCGUCUCUCUCCCCUCCCAUUCCGUCGUUCCGCCCCUCUCCCCUUCCCAUCCCGUCGUUCCGUCUCCCUCCCCUCCCGUCCCGUCGUUCCGCCUCUCUCCCCUUCCUAUGCCGUCGUUUCGCCUCUCUCCCCUCCUAUCCCGUCGUUCCUCCUCUCUCCCCUUCCCAUCCCGUCGUUCCCGCUCUCUCCCCUUCCCAUCCCGUCGUUCCGUCUCUCUCCCCUCCCAUUCCGUCGUUCCGCCCCUCUCCCCUUCCCAUCCCGUCGUUCCGUCUCCCUCCCCUCCCGUCCCGUCGUUCCGCCUCUCUCCCCUUCCUAUGCCGUCGUUUCGCCUCUCUCCCCUCCUAUCCCGUCGUUCCUCCUCUCUCCCCUUCCCAUCCCGUCGUUCCCGCUCUCUCCCCUUCCCAUCCCGUCGUUCCGUCUCUCUCCCCUCCCAUUCCGUCGUUCCGCCCCUCUCCCCUUCCCAUCCCGUCGUUCCGUCUCCCUCCCCUCCCGUCCCGUCGUUCCGCCUCUCUCCCCUUCCUAUGCCGUCGUUUCGCCUCUCUCCCCUCCUAUCCCGUCGUUCCUCCUCUCUCCCCUUCCCAUCCCGUCGUUCCCGCUCUCUCCCCUUCCCAUCCCGUCGUUCCGUCUCUCUCCCCUCCCAUUCCGUCGUUCCGCCCCUCUCCCCUUCCCAUCCCGUCGUUCCGUCUCCCUCCCCUCCCGUCCCGUCGUUCCGCCUCUCUCCCCUUCCUAUGCCGUCGUUUCGCCUCUCUCCCCUCCUAUCCCGUCGUUCCUCCUCUCUCCCCUUCCCAUCCCGUCGUUCCCGCUCUCUCCCCUUCCCAUCCCGUCGUUCCGUCUCUCUCCCCUCCCAUUCCGUCGUUCCGCCCCUCUCCCCUUCCCAUCCCGUCGUUCCGUCUCCCUCCCCUCCCGUCCCGUCGUUCCGCCUCUCUCCCCUUCCUAUGCCGUCGUUUCGCCUCUCUCCCCUCCUAUCCCGUCAAACACUUUUUUCACAUCUCUGCUAGCUCGUCGGACAACCUUUAUGGUGUUCCACUGUCAUCUCGUGCAUAUGUGCGUGCGCUGGAUUUUGCCAAUGUUGUUGCUUGA